AUGCUUAUAUUUCUAUUUAUUAUUGUAAUUACUAAUGCAACAGAAAGUAUUAACAAUCAAGAAGAAAGAAAUAAUGAAAUAAUACACACACAAAUAUAUUCAAAUAAACACAAAAGAAUCUACAAUAGAUAUGGUAUAUAUUUAAAAGGUGAAGCUGAAGUAACAGAACCAACAAUAAAAGAAUCAAAUGCAAAAGGAACACAUACAGAAACCCCAACAAACACAGAUGAAGAAAAGAAAAAAGAGCAAAUGAGUCAAGACAAACAUGAAGAAGUCGAGGGACAAGAGAAGAACCUCCAAAGCCAAGAACAAAAGAACAGUGUAGUUGAUGAAAAGAAAAAUACUGUCUCAGGAGAAGAAAAACAGAAUAAAGGGGAUGGACAACAAGACAAAGCAGCAGAAAAACAAACUCCAACAACUGACACAGAACAUAACAAACAAAAAGACAGUAUAACCAGUAAUGAAGGUGGUAGUCAAGAAAAGCAAGAGGGAAAACAAAAUGAAGAAUCUGAAAAAGGAAAGAUAGGCCAAGGACAAAAAGCAAAGGAAAAAGAAGAAGGAAAUGAGGUAGAAAAUGGAGGAGGAAUAAAAGAGGAAAAAACAAAAAAUGAAGAAGAGCAAAAAGGUGAAGAAAGUAAAGAAAACCAUACAGGAGACGAUAAAAAAUCACAGGGGGAGAAUGAGAAAGUUAACGAGAAUGACCAAAAUAGUAAAGAAACAAAAGCAGAAGAACAAGGAAAAGAGAAAGAAGAAGAAAAAGAGAAAGGUGAAGAAAAGAGUGGUGAAAGUGAACAGAGCAAGGGAACAACUCAAGAAAAGAAUACAGAAAAGCAAGAAAGUCAGAAGGAAGGAGAGAAAGUUGACAAAACAGAAGAAGAGAAGAAAGAGAGUGAUAAUAAAAACCAAGAAAAGAAGAGUGAAGAAAAAGAACAAAAAGAAGAAAAAUCACCAAAUAGUUCUGAAAGUAAAACAGAAAGUGAGUCUGAUGAAUUAAAUGGUCAUAACAAUAUUGAUGGUACAACACCUACAAUUAUUAUUCUUUCUAUUGUUAUCACAUUUUUAUUCUUCUAA